GUGAUUCUCCGAACGAGAGGCGCCUCUAGCGGCGGCCGUACGACUUCGCAAACCGCUAGAGGCGCUCGGAUCGAACGGUUCCGGCUGUUCUUAUCGACGUCGUCUCGUGACGGGAAAGAUUCGAAAUCGGAAAUGGCGUUUUACGAAGUUUGGUUGCAGAAGUUGGAGAAAAAGUUGCAAGAGAAACAUCCCUACACCGAGAUAUUAGAAAAAGUGGAGAAGUUGACGGGUGUCAAACGUCAUUACAUCGUCCUGGGUGCUGUCUCAUUAAUUGCCCUAUAUCUUGUGAUUGGUCACGGUGCCCAACUAAUAUGCAACUGUAUUGGAUUUCUCUAUCCUGCCUAUGCAUCUAUUGUUGCAAUAGAAAGCAGUUCCAAAGAUGAUGAUACCAAGUGGCUUACAUAUUGGGUGGUUUUCGCCGCUUUUAACACCGUCGAAUUCUUCUCAGACAUCAUAUUAAAUUGGGUUCCUUUCUAUUGGUUAACGAAGUGCAUAUUUCUCAUCUGGUGCUUUAUUCCCACGUCCAAUAACGGAUCAUCAGUUAUCUACAACCGUUUCAUUCGACCGGUUUUCUUAAAGAACAGAGAAAAUAUAGACAGCACUCUUAACAAAGCCAUGAAUGCUGCAACGGGAUUGGCUUCUCAGGCCUUGGAUGGAGCCGUGAAACACGUCGUUGCAGAAAGUACAAAACGAGAUUAGUGAAAAUAGGUCCUCCGCUUCCUAUCAUUCCAUUUAAAAGCUACGUACCCAAUUUUCAGGAGUGUUGGCAUUCGUAUUAUAUAAAUAAGAUUGUUAAGAUUGCCAGAUUUUGAUUUUUUUAUGGAGGAAUUUAAUCGAAUUCAGUUGCGUUCGUUGCGAGGAAACAAUCAGAAAUUGGAAUCAUCAUAAUUUUUUAUAUAUGUGAUAAUUCGUUUCAUAGUUGCCAUAUGUCAUCUAUCUGAUGUUUAAGAAUACUUUGUUGUUACAGUUUUGCAUUAUAUUUUGAAAAAUUACAAAUAAAAUUUUGGAAUGUUAAA